GAGAGGGACGGCCUCCCCACCGCGCGUAAAGAUCAUAAAAAUCGCCGGCGAUAAUCGCUGCUCAAACUGGCCUCUUCGGUUGUGGAGAGGAUCUGCCGCUCACGCUCACACGCACGCAGCGCCGCCGACGGUUUUGUGAUGUGACUGGAGCGAUGCAAAUGUCACACGAUUAAUUGGCUGCUGUCGGUCUCCGGUACGAGAACGUCAACGUCAAACGUUUUGAUGGCGUUUGGAUGAAGGCGGCCGCUGGUUUCGGCUCCGUGCCAUCGGACGCGUGCACGAUAGAAGACAUGCGCUCCCCCGGACAAAAUGCUGCCUCUUGCGUUUGAGCUUCGGAGCGUUUUGGGUUUUGCGCUGGGGUUGGUCGGCCGGAGCUGCAGACAUUACUGUCAGCACGGGGGCCGCAGGAACCGGAGUGCACCUCCAGCACAGGGACGACCUGCAGCCCCAAAAUAAACCGGAGCAGGAUGAGAAUGAACAUGUCUAUCAGGUGAACGGAGGAAUUAAAUCAGGCAGAACGCAUUAGAACUACAUCCCUCCUUUCUUCAUCGUCCGUCAGCAUGGCUAACGCUGAGGAAGCACUGCAGGCAGGGCAGUCAGACUUGGAGAUCAUCUCCCAGCCGGUGGAGGAUGAGAACCAGUGCACAGCUCCUCCGGUCCAGCUGGUGAGUUUUGGCUACAGGGAUCUGCCCCUCGCCGCUCUGGACCUGUCGCUGGCUGGAUCCCAGCUCCUCUCCAAUGCAGAUGAAGAUGAAAACAGAGAAGGGUCAAACUGGCUGAAGCCGUGCUGCGGCCAUCGCGUGGCUGUGUGGCAGGUCUGUCUGCUCAGCGCUGCCUUCAACUGUGUGCUGGUGGCCUGCGUUGUCCUGGUGGUACUUUUCCUCUCUUUGGAAUUGCUCAUAGACACCAAGCUCCUACAAUUUUCCAAUGCUUUCCAGUUUGCCAGCGUCAUCCACUGGAUCAGCCUUAUCAUUCUCUCGCUUUUCUUUUCAGAGACUGUCUUCAGAAUUGUAGUUCUCGGCAUUUGGGACUAUAUUGAGAACAAAGUUGAGGUGUUUGAUGGUGCUGUUAUCGUGCUGUCUCUGGCCCCUAUGGUGGCCUCCACGGUGGCCAACGGGCCCAGCAGCCCCUGGGAUGCCAUCAGCCUCAUCAUCACAUUACGCAUCUGGAGGGUGAAGAGGAUCAUUGACGCCUAUGUGUUAGAAGUCAAAGUUGAGAUGGAGUUGGAGCUUCAGCAAUGUGAGAAGACGAAGGCUGUGAGGGAGGAACAGCUGGAGCGUCUUACUCAGAUCUGCCAGGAACAGGCCUUUGAGAUCCGGCAGCUGAGGGCCCAUCUGGCCCAGCAGGACUUGGACCUUGCAGUGGAGCGUGAAGCAGCCAUGCAGAUCCACCACGUGUGGGGCAAACAGGACAGGAGUUUUCAGGUAGUGGAAGGCGUGACUCCUGGAGAGUCUGAUGAUGAGGGUGGGCAGAGGAGCUCCAGGGAAUCUCGUCCUGUUGCAGAUCCCGUUGUACGUGAUGACAUGAACAACUACAUCAGCCAGUACUACAGUGAAGCAAGUAGUGAUGUGGGGGCAUCUGGCUGUGGUGCUCAAGUCAUCACCACUGCAGCCAUUGACAUUCAUCUCCCUACAAAUCUGAAAUCCAUCCAGUCAAACCCCGUACUUGCUGUGGACUGUGUUAGCAGCGAUGCCUCCAUCAGUGUUCUGCAGUCCAGCGACAGUGUUACAGCUCGCCCUCACAGUCUGAGCAGCCGCACUACAGGUUCAUCCACCACAGACUGCUGCAGCAGCACAGUGCAGGACUUAAGUCUGAGCUCCCAUUGUUGUUGCCCACCUUCCAACUCAGGCAGGGGCCCAUGCAGGGACCCCAGCAUAGUGGUGCAAGAGCUCAUCUCCUCCUUGUCUGAGGACUCCUGCCUCAGCCAAAAGGGCCUGGGAGUGAACAACCUUAACUUUCCCAGCCCCACUGGCUCAGAAAAGAGCAGCUCUGAUCUGGAGACCAGAAUUAACAUCUUCAACCACAGGAACCAAGAGGAGCGGCAGGGUCGGAGUCAGGAAUGUGUACUGUUGCAGACCAAGCCCCUGAUACACCUGCAGGGUAACACCGCUGAGCCCUCCUUAGAGGAGAAGUACCACCUUCUGGGUCCUUCUGACACGCCACUGGGACACAUGCCUGAUACAUAAACCAUACUGACACAGAACUAGAGAACAAGUGUUCAUUAUUUUUCUUAAUGCCACAGGUCCUGGCUUGUGUUUUCUUCUGUGGCAGGCCAAAUUUUUCAAAGGAGCCACCAUGUAUGUCUUAAGUACAAAUAAAACUCUGCCGUUGUGUAAAUCCGAGUUUAGCCAAUAUUGAGCAAGC